AAUUACAAGUAGUAUACACAAAGUGAAUGUGUAAUUUGAUGCUAUUUACAUUUAAAAACAAACAACAAUAGUCAUUCAUAUUUAAGUGAAAUGUUAAAGUUUAAGAGCAUGCGCAAUAUAUUUUUAAGAAAAAUUAUAAUUUAAUUAAUAAGGAAUCUUUACGUAAAACAUACGAACUUUUUAUAUAUACGGCUGAUAAUUUUAAAACAUUUAGAUAGUAAAGUACUGCAUACGAUUUAAAGAUGAAUAACGAACAAGUAUCGUGUCCUAUAUGUCAAAUUGAUUUUCCAUCUACUUUAAUUGAGUCUCACGUUGUUAAAUGUUUAUUUUUACUUGAUUCAAGUAAAGCUGGUAUUUCAAAAGAAUCGAGUCCAAGUCCUGGAAGUAAUAAAUCACUUAAAUCAAAAAGUUUUUCUAUCAAAAAGUCUGAUAAUAGAGUUACAAAAAGAAAACUUAGUUCAGGACAAACAUUUUUAACUGCUAAGGGUGAUUGUACGAUACAAGAUAAUACGAAGGAAGAUGAUACAAAACAAGAUACUAUUAAGCAAGAUUUGGAGACGAAAGGAAAUAUAGUAGAAAAUCCGGUUAAGAAAGCUCGAAAGAAUGAUCACGUACCUCUUGCUGAAAGAAUGAGACCAUCUAAUCUUUCAGAAUACGUUGGGCAGGAUCAUAUUCUUGGACCUCAAUGCACUUUGUUUCAAUUACUGCAUAAAGGAGAAGUACCUAAUAUUAUUUUAUGGGGACCGCCUGGAUGUGGUAAGACUUCAUUGGCAAAUGUUAUAGCACAUAUAUGUAAAAAAAAUAAUACAAAGAAUAGGAUGCGAUACGUAAAGUUAUCAGCUGCCAUAGCAGGAGUUAGUGAUUUAAAAGAAGUGAUUAACAUAGCUGCUAACGAAUUGAAAUUUGGUAGACGUACAAUAGUAUUUAUGGAUGAAAUACAUCGUUUUAAUAAAACUCAGCAAGACGUUUUUCUUCCUCAUGUUGAAUCAGGAACGAUUACUCUUAUUGGAGCUACCACUGAAAAUCCUUCGUAUAAUUUAAACUCUGCAUUGUUGAGUCGUUGUAGAGUGGUUGUAUUAGAAAAGUUAUCUAUAUCUAAUUUAGUGUCAAUAUUAAAAUGUGCAUUAUCUUCAUUAGGAGGAAUAAUACAAAUUUCAUCAGAGUCUAAAAGUAAAGAUAAUUUUUGUAACGAUAUUAAUUUGGAAGCAAGUGGAUCUAAUACAUCGUCGAUUCCAAGAUUUAUUGUAGAUGAAGCAACCAUAAAAUGGUUAGCAGAAACAUGCGAUGGUGAUGCUAGAAUAGCUUUAGGUGGAUUAGAACUUGCUGUACAAUCUAAAACACCAAGCAAAGAAGAAUUUGUGGAAACUGAGCCUGUACUGAUUACGUUAAAUGAUGUUAAAGAAAAUCUAAAAAAAACACAUAUGUUGUAUGACAGAAAAGGAGACCAACAUUAUGACAUGAUUUCAGCUUUGCAUAAAGCGGUAAGAGCAAGUGAUGAAAAUGCUUCUCUUUAUUGGUUAACUAGAAUGAUUGAGGGCGGUGAAGAUCCAGUUUAUAUAGCAAGAAGAUUAGUUAGAAUGGCGAGUGAAGAUGUUGGCUUAGCAGAUCCAAAAGCUUUGAAUAUUGCCGUACAUACUAUGAGUGCUUGUAAAAUGAUAGGCAUGCCAGAAUGCGAUGUUCUUUUAGCACAAUGUACAAUUUAUUUAGCUCGUGCUCCAAAGUCUAGAUUGAUGGAAGAUGCGCUUAGAGCAGCUCAGAAAGUAGUGGCAACUCAUAAAGGCCCUCAACCAGGAGUCCCGUUGCAUUUAAGAAGUUCUCAAACAAAAGUUUCUAAGAGUCUAGGGUAUGGUAAGGGAUAUAAUAUGUUGCAUAAAGAUAUAUCUGGAUUGAAUUAUUUACCGGAAGGAUUAGAAAAUGUUGAUUUCUUUGCAAAUAAUAAGGAUAUUGGGUCUUAAGAUUCACAAAUAUUGUUUUCUUACAAAGUUGGUAUUUGUUUUAUAUUUUCAGAUAUAAUUAUUAUACAUUAUAGAUAUACG